CGGAAGUUGCACUUGGCAUGCGCAGAUCCCCGAGGAAGGAAUUCACACCAACAUUUAUCCACGGCUAAAACAUUGUAAACACAAGUUACCGGGACGACUUCUCUCCGUCUGCGGGAUGGAAAUGUAAGAUUAGUUUGAGGCUGUUGGACCAAACAUUGCUCUUCAGUGCAUGGACUCAAAGCCAAUGCGCAGGGCAACCAGCGCACGUCAGGACACCACUGGAAUGGACAUCACCAGCCGCUGUACUCUGGGGGACCCCAACAAGCUCCCUGAAGGGGUCCCCCAGCCAGCACGCAUGCCUUACGUCUCAGACAAACACCCACGGCAGACACUGGAAGUGAUCAACCUGCUAAGAAAGCACCGGGAGCUUUGCGACGUAGUGCUGGUGGUAGGCGCCAAGAAGAUUUAUGCUCAUCGUGUGAUUCUCUCUGCCUGCAGCCCAUAUUUCAGGGCAAUGUUUACCGGAGAGCUGGCAGAGAGCAGGCAGACUGAAGUGGUGAUCCGGGACAUUGAUGAGAGAGCCAUGGAACUCCUUAUUGACUUCGCCUACACUUCACAGGUGACUGUAGAGGAGGGGAAUGUCCAGACACUGCUACCGGCGGCCUGUCUUCUCCAGCUGGCUGAGAUCCAGGAGGCCUGCUGUGAGUUCCUCAAGAGGCAACUGGAUCCAUCCAACUGCCUGGGCAUCAGGGCCUUCGCCGACACACACUCCUGUCGCGAGCUGCUCCGGAUCGCAGACAAGUUCACUCAGCACAAUUUUCAGGAGGUAAUGGAAAGUGAAGAGUUCAUGCUGCUGCCUGCCAACCAGCUGAUUGACAUCAUUUCCAGUGAUGAGCUUAAUGUGCGGAGUGAGGAACAGGUGUUCAACGCUGUCAUGGCCUGGGUGAAAUACAGCAUCCAGGAACGCAGACCUCAGCUGCCCCAGGUGCUUCAGCACGUCCGCUUACCGCUGCUCAGCCCCAAGUUCCUAGUGGGUACCGUGGGUUCAGAUCCCCUCAUCAAAAGUGAUGAAGAGUGCAGAGACCUUGUUGAUGAGGCAAAGAAUUACUUGCUGCUGCCACAGGAGAGGCCCCUGAUGCAGGGCCCCAGAACCCGGCCCAGGAAACCCAUUCGAUGUGGAGAGGUUCUUUUUGCAGUCGGUGGUUGGUGCAGUGGAGAUGCCAUUUCCAGCGUGGAGCGCUACGAUCCACAGACAAACGAGUGGCGGAUGGUAGCGUCGAUGAGUAAACGCCGAUGCGGUGUUGGUGUCAGCGUCCUGGACGACUUGCUUUACGCCGUGGGAGGUCAUGACGGUUCAUCGUAUCUCAACUCCGUAGAAAGAUAUGAUCCUAAGACCAAUCAGUGGAGCAGCGACGUGGCCCCCACCAGCACGUGUCGGACCAGCGUGGGGGUGGCAGUUCUCGGGGGAUAUCUGUACGCUGUGGGAGGACAGGAUGGGGUUUCUUGUCUCAACAUUGUUGAAAGGUAUGAUCCGAAGGAGAACAAGUGGACCCGAGUGGCCUCCAUGAGCACCAGGCGACUGGGUGUUGCUGUCGCUGUGCUGGGGGGAUUCCUCUACGCUGUGGGAGGGUCUGAUGGCACGUCUCCAUUAAAUACAGUGGAGCGCUACAACCCUCAAGAAAACCGCUGGCACACCGUCUCGCCCAUGGGAACCAGGAGAAAGCAUCUGGGCUGUGCGGUCUACCAGGACAUGAUUUACUCGGUCGGAGGGAGAGACGACACCACAGAGCUGAGCAGCGCCGAGCGCUACAACCCCAGGACCAACCAGUGGUCUCCAGUAGUGGCCAUGACAUCCAGACGGAGCGGGGUGGGCUUGGCAGUGGUGAACGGUCAGCUGAUGGCAGUAGGAGGGUUUGAUGGAACAACGUAUCUAAAAACAAUAGAAGUCUAUGAUCCUGACGCCAAUACAUGGAGGUUGUACGGUGGAAUGAACUACCGCCGGUUAGGUGGAGGGGUCGGCGUCAUUAAAAUGACUCACUGUGAAUCUCACAUAUGGUAACGGCGUCUCCUGCCCCCCACACGCUCACUUUCAGUUCUCAUCACGUUACAACCGUUCCUCCUUUUUACCAACUCUCGCGCCGAGAGAGACGAUGUGACGCAGGACGAGAACGAGAGAACCAUGGGGGGUGGGGGUGAGACGGAAAAGAAGGACAGACUUUUGAACUUCAGUUCAUCCCCAAACCCCACUCAGAGGUGAUAUCCUGUAUGUACCCUGCUUGUCUUGGCUGACUGACCACGGCCGCCAUGAGGUACAUCAAGAGAAGUCUACAAAAACACCAAUAAUCUUCCAGUUUGGAGGCCGCUCUGCUCCUCUGAUGAACUCUGCGUUUUCAUCCACAAAGCCCCCUGGUCUGGAUCUGAAUCGACACGUGUGACAAGUGGAGCUCGCCAUGAUCAUGAAUGUUAGUAGGGGACGCCUUCAUGUGUUUGCAGUUAAGAGGGAAUAAGUAUACUGUAAAAGCAAUGGUUCAAUAGAAGGCUGAGAGAGCCCUGGUCACCUACAUCAGCUUUUAAUACCAAAAAAAGCUGUUUCCAGGUGACGCAACAGACAGAGCAUGCUGACAAAGAUAAACCUGUGCUUUCUCAUUGCGUCUCUAGUUUGCUCUUGGCUUGACUCGUGCUUCUCAACUGCGGCUGUGAACCCAUUAAGACCAGUAAACUCAUGUAAAGGUGUCCUCAAGUGCUGUUUCCUUCUGAAGGCAUCUGCACACGUCACUGAAUUACUAGAGCGAGCAGGAUAAAUGUAUCUAAACCCGGCCACUGAGGAAAACGGUUAGCAAGACGGUGACUGAACAGUGAAUGGACCUGUAGAUGUUUGUUACUCUGGACGUUAAUUAUAUUUCAGGUCAGACAGUGUGGUUUAGAGGAAUAUAGUUUACCAAGAAGGACAAAAGAGUCAAAUUUACCAAUCUUUGUCGCAUAGUUCAGCGGUGUUGUUCUGAGCCAUGACCGAUUUACCACAAGCUUCACAUGUGGACUUGCAGUCAUACGAUCGAGUGAUAUCUGUGGCCAAAGAAUGUUUACUAUUCAUUUUCAAACCAUUCCCAAUCCCAUUUUUUGUGGGCAGCCAUUCUGGCACUGCACAGGAGAAUUAAAACAGGCUCUUUGUUUCAUUACUUGAAGUCUGACCGAUGUGUUUGAAACAGAGAAAAUGGCUAUAGUCUAUCACAAAUGCAGAUGAAGUAGAUGGAUCCCAUCUCUCUCUCUAUAUAUACAUAUAUAUAUACUGUGUAUAUAUAUGAUUUCUUUUUAUUACUACAUAUUCACUAAUAAACAUCUGCUUGUGUAUUUGUUAGUAACAUUUGUUCAGUCGACCAUUGAACCAGGUCCCUGUUCGGUUCUCGGUCCGGUCCUCGUUUAUGUCGAGUCAUCGUCACACAGUACAAUAGCUCCACCUGCUGGAUUAAAGUCGACGCUAAUUUAAAAAGAAAAGUUCCUGCUUGUGCAGCUGACCUCAGAUCAGUGGCAGUUUGAGUCGACGGGUCAAAUUGGUUUGGACGAUUCUUUGACAGUUUAUUGCACUGUGAUUGGAAAUGUAUUUUAGAUUUUUAUCUUUUUUUUUUGUCUUAAUCAUUUUUACGUGGAUGUUUCCAUUAAAAAAAAGAGUGGAAUUGAAUCAUUAGAGGCGGACUUUAAUCAGAUCAGAUAUUUCAGACCUUUUAAGCCUUGAUGCUGUGCAGAGGUAGAUAUAUUUCUUAUAGGAAACCUGUUGGCUCUGUGAGACACAUCAUUCAGCAGGACUCUGCACUUUAAACUGUUCUUGGCUACAAACCCUAAACCCCAGACCCAAAUGGAAACUUUCAGAAACUUUCAGGAGUUCAUACAGGCAGGUGCUAUGUAUCAUUGUACUACACACUAUUUUUUUUCCCCCCAUCAGCAACAAGGAAGUAAUGUAAAUGUGCUAACGUUCAGAAGUGUGUCAGCUUUGUAGUAGGGGCGGGAUUUUAUGUGGCAGGAUUUUUGUUUCAUUGUCGUUACUGUAUGCAGACCUGUAUGAAUGUUUAGUUUGAAUCCUCACAAUGUAUUUCUUUAUGUGAACAUUUCUGGGGUUUUUUUGUAAGAAAGCUGACAUGGACAUAUUCUGCUGCCAAAAAUGAAUCUGUCUGCUUCUUGAUGGCGCUCUUGUUUUCACUGCUUCAGAAUUACUGGGAAAUCUAACUCAGUUGAAGAAUACAAAUGUUAUUAAUUUGGUCAUAAACAACCUAUUUACUGUCCAGUAGUUUCUCUUUCAGAUUCAUAUUUAUUUGCAGCGUAAUGAACCUUAUUUUCAAUCUCUCUUAAUGAAAUACAGAGCCACAGUACUUUUUUUUUUUUUUUUGGUCUGUACUUGUCUUCCGUAGAUUAUUUGUUCCUGAACUGAGUGGAGUUUCCCUCUAAUCCUGUAAGCCAUUGAUGAUGCAUUGUAGUUGUCUGCCAGCCUUCAGUUGGUGGUUUGUAUCCAGAUAUCUCACCUUGAGUAGCCUCUGUGCAGCCUGUCCAACACAUCACCCAAACAUUGUUGUGAUUGCAGUUUUCAUGUAUCAGAGCCGUCUCAGCUGUGAUCACUGCAGCAGCUCUGGACUCACCAUGUUCACAACCAUAUUAAACGUGUUCCUACGGGAUCAAAACAGG